AUGGUCAAGACUGCUUGGUUUGAGGUCGAAUGGUCCGACGCGGACCUCGACAAAGCUAGAGCUGAUGCCAAACGCGCUGGAAAAACUCCCCCUCCUCCUCACCGCGGUAGGAUCAACUUCAACCUCUACGACGAUGUAGUCCCCAAGACUGCCGAGAACUUCCGUGCCCUCUGCACCGGCGAGAAGGGCUUUGGCUACAAAGGCAGCUCCUUCCACCGAAUCAUCCCUCAGUUCAUGUUGCAAGGAGGUGAUUUCACUCGAGCAACGUCAGGCACCGGCGGCAAGUCCAUCUACGGUGAGAAGUUUGCCGAUGAGAACUUCAAGAGGAUCCACAACAAGCCAGGAAUCUUGUCCAUGGCCAAUGCUGGUCCUAACACCAACGGCUCCCAAUUCUUCAUCACCACCGUUGUCACCUCGUGGCUGGAUGGCAAGCACGUCGUCUUUGGUGAGGUCGCCGAUGAUUCGAGCAUGGAAAUUGUUCGGAAACUCGAGGGAACCGGUUCUGGGUCUGGCCAGGUUAAGCAUGAGGUGAAGCCUACCAUCGUCGACUGCGGUGCUCCCUAG